AUGGACAACUCUGCUAUGGAAGCAGCCGUCGCCUUCUUAGGGCAGUUUUCCCGCGAAGAACAGCUCAAAAUAAUUUAUGCGGGAACCGAGGGUCAACUGCCUGAUCGCAGGAACGCUCUCCGUCGGGCUCUGCUGGAAGCACUGGACGAGCUUAUCCCAGAAAACACAAUCGCCUUUCUCGGAUCGCCUACCUAUCAAUCAAUCAUCGAAAUGAUUGAGAAUCCAGCUUUGCCCAUGCCCGAACUUGCAAAGACUGCUCUGGAACAUAGUAUCCGGUGGUCAAACAAAAAGGUUGAUAUGGAGGCUACAAUUUCUUUCCUCACAUCUUUUUCACGUCAUCGUCUGAUUGACACCAUCUACGACAUGAAUUCGAGUGAUGACAUGCGUCUGCACAAGGCAUUUCGCCGCGCGAGAGUAACUCAUCUAAGGCAUCAUCCACCUGCCGACAAGGACUAUGACGAGCCUGAUCCCCUCUUUCAGGUAGGCCUCCAAAACGGCUAUGUCGCCACAGUGAGAAACGCCGUUCAGAAUGAGCUGAGAGUGACCGGACACAAUUUUGGAACUAUUCAUACCCGAUUUCCACUUGUGAACCGUCAGAUUGAGGGGCAGUAUCAGACGCCUCUCGUCAAAAUUGCGGAGCGAUUUUAUCGCGGCGGGGUCAAUGCUGAUGCUUCACUGCAAGCUUUCGAGUUUCUACUUGAUAGAGGGGCCAAGGUUGACAUCCCCUCGGCCUCGGACUUGCCUGAGUCUUCGGUGUACUACGCUUCGUCAUCGAUGCUGCCAGUGGUUGACCACUUGACAGAGAUGAUGAAGUGGAUCAAUAACAGGAAAGUCGUGGCGACUCUUUGCAAGAUGGUCGAACUUGCGUGCCAAAAGGGGGCUAUUCUUGACCUGUGUCAAGAUCGUUUCAUGAUCAAGGGCAGCAAGUAUGGGCUCAAGAUGCUGACUCACAUUAGGACGAAGCGACCAGAUAAUCUCAUUGAGAUUGCUCUCCAACCCCAGUGCCCCCCGAACCUGCUCCGACUGUUCCUGGAGCAGCAAGGCGACGAGCUUUUCCCAUUGUGUCAGACGGACGGUAAAGUCAAAGUCGCACGCCGCUUCAACCCUAACAUGCCGAGAGGUCACCACAGGGCUGUGACGAACCUGGAAUGGGUCAUUACUUCUACCUACCAUGAACUUAUGGAUAGAUCAAACGUUCAUGGCUACAAAUAUAGCGCCGAGCCUGGCGAUUUGUUCAUCCGAAAGGCGCAGAUGUUGAUGCACGCUGCCGUAGACGGGCCCACAUUGGAAGGGCUUCACAAACUCAUUCUUGGCAUCGAGAGCAUCAAGAAGGAGCUCAAGGUGAAGCAUGAGAGCUACGAGGCCUUCAAAGCCCAUAGCUGGUAUGUCCUCUGCGAUGCCAUGUCGUACUUUGCCAACCAACCUUCCCAAGAAGAGCAGAUAGCAAAGCAGGGCGAACCUCGACACAAAUUCAUCGUCGCUGACCGAUGGGACCCUCGCAAGGAAUGGAUCCGCAUGACUCAAAUCGUUCCCGACAUUGCUGAGGAGGAUGAAUGGGAGGGGUUUCUAGAAUUUUGGGAGCAACUGGUCAUCAGUCGAGGAGAGGGGCAGAGAUGGUAUGAAUUGCAUGAGUCCAAGUGGUUCGUGUCCAUUGAGGAAGCGGAAGAGGCUUUUAAGAUUGCUAAUCCCGAAGGGGCAUUCCAGCUACACAUGUUUUAG